CCUUUUCCUUUUUCCCAGUUUUUAGAUUCCUUUCCAGGCUCUGUCCUUAGAACCGCCACAAUGGGUGCCAUUCCUGAAGCCGAUCCCGAUGAGCCCCAGGAGACCAAGCCCUUCAAGUUCGUGACAGGUGAGCUUUCCGGCUAUGACGCUCGCUUCCCCCAGCAGAACCAGACCAAGCACUGCUGGCAGAACUACGUCGACUACUACAAGUGUGUCAACGCCAAGGGCGAGGACUUCCGCCCAUGCCGUCAGUUCUACCACGCUUUCCGCUCCCUCUGCCCCAAGGCCUGGACCGACCGGUGGGAUACCCAGCGCGAGGCUGGAAACUUCCCCGCUCGCCUGGAGUAGAAAGCUAGAAAGUUGAACAAAUCCAUGUGUUAAAGUUUCCGUGUGCUUUUGUUUUCUUUUUUGGUCAAACAAAUGUACUCUACUACCCUGAUUCGGGGCCAAAACCCCCCGAAUCGAACCAAUCAAGCGGGAAAUGUCUUUUCUUUUUCUUUUCUUACGUUUUCGUUGAUUGGACCCGGACUUGUUUCACGUUCCUCGCAUCUUCGGGUCUGAAAUUGAUCUAGAGGGAGCUAGCUGUAUGGACAUGGAAAGGUCGCGUAGUAUGCACACCCAAAAAACCGAGAAUGCGUUUAGCAGUAUAUGAUCCCUGUCUAUCGAAUCUAUC